GAGUUGACUCAUGAGUCAAUAUUGGUGCGAUGGCGACUUUGCCGCUCAUAUCCGUUGUCCAUUCAGGUAAUUGACUGCCGUUUGAUCUAUCAGGUGGAUCUGCUCGCCGAUCCUUCGUAGCGGAUUAUCCUGAGAGACACAAGAUGUGAGUCAGGAUGAGCACGUAGCUUGUUGUUCCCAGGACCGUCUCUACAGCUGCUUCUACUUCGUGUGAGGUGCGACGGGUCGGCCGUGACCAUGGACAAGCAAGCCUUUCUCGACCUCAUCGAGGCCGAUCGCUCUGAACACAUCGCCCUGUUGCAGAAGUUCAUACAAGCGCCAUCGCCCAAUCCACCAGGCGACACAGCCGAUGCAGCCACCGUGCUGAGCGACUACCUGGCCCAACAAGGCGUGCCCGUUGAAGUCAUCGCACCACAAGGUCCUAGCAAGCCGAAUCUUGUGAGUGAUUUCUUAUGUGGAUCUGGCUCUACCACUUCCACAAGGUCAAAUGGAGCAUCCCAGCAAGGGCGGCGCAUCGUGAUGAACGGACAUAUCGAUGUGUUCCCCGUCGAUACAUCACAGUCGGACAAAUGGUCUCACGGCGGACCCUGGUCAGGCCACAACGACGGCACACAUAUCUACGGUCGUGGGGGCGUGGACAUGAAAGCAGGCACGUUGGCCAGCACGAUCGCCUACAGUUACUUAUAUCGGCGCCGGGAUCGCCUUGGAAAGCAAGGAAGCGUUGCACUCACACUAGUCAGCGACGAAGAGACAGGCGGGAAGUUUGGCAGUCGAUGGCUGCUUGAACACGAUCCCGAUCGAUGGUCAGGCGAUGUCAUGAUCAACGCGGAGCCAGGAGGUCUGCAAUCCAUUCGGUUCGGCGAGAAGGGGACAUUGCGCAUCACAUUUACGGUCAUAACGAAAGGCGUGCAUGGCGCAUACACGCACUUGAGUGAGGGCGCGAACCGGGUCGCUUCGCGCCUGGUUCAGAAACUGUUACAGAUCGAAACGGACAUCACGCCUGACUUGGACCCGUCGAUCGUCGAGCACAUGCGCAGUCCCGAGGUGCGCAAAGUCGUCGACGAGAUCAUGGGUCCCGGCGCGGCGGACAUAGUGUUGAAACCCACCGUCAACAUCGGGACCAUGCACGGCGGGAUCAAAGUCAAUAUGAUUCCUGACCGAUGCGUCGUCGAGGCAGAUAUACGAUUACCCAUUGGCUUGACGAAGGAUGUUGUCCUGAAGUACAUUGACGACAAGGUGCUGGAUGGGUUUCCUCAGGGCCAGGUGAGCUACCAGGUUCAAAAGGCGGCGAGUAAUCCGCCUAGCCACUGCCCCGUGGACCACGAUAUGGUGGGGGUGUUGGCUGGCGCCGCGGAAAAGGUCACGGGAAGGAAACCGCUUGCUAUACCAUCUCUCGGUGCGACUGAUACCAAGUUCUGGAGAUACCGUGGCGUGCCGGCUUAUGUGUUUGGGGUGAGUCCAGAAACUAUGGCUGCAGGCGUGGACGAGAGAGUGAGUAUUGACGAGUUUCUGGCUGUCGUGAAGACACAUGCGCUUGCUGUGUGGGAGUACCUUGGUGGGAAGUAGGGGCGGCAAAGACCUAGAAGGAUGAGACGAUGAAGGUAUCCUGAGGGAAGCUGGUGUACGGAGUAGAAAAGGUCGUGGACUCGUGGAUCUUAAAACAGCAGGAGAUUGACAGGUCAGCUCGAGCCUUGGCAAGCUAGGCCGAAAAGUGACGUCUGUUGAUAACAACGGCAUCAUUCCCCAGAUCUAGAUAUAACGUAUG